CUCCCACCGUCGCCGCCUCCGCCAUGCCUUCCCACCUGACCCGCGUCGUGUUCCGCAGCAUCAUUGCCAAUGAGCCGCUUCUGUACCGAGGAUGUCGGCAGCGAGCUGUGCGCCCCUUCGCCGUAACCCAGCAUGGCGCCAGAGCGCUGCCCCAGCCGCAGCGGAGGACCUUUUUCGGCGGCCUGUUCAAGUCGAGGCGCAAGAUCAAGAAGAUGGAUAUCCCCUCCGGACUCGAGACGAUGAGCGCUCUCGCAUAUGCACAGCGGACGUCCGUGAGACCGCCAACAGACAAGGAGCUCGCCGACGCGUUGAGGAGCUUCUUCGUCACCAAAAAGGGUCCGUUGGAGGACUGGCACAUUGAGCUGGCGCUCAACACCUUCAAGUAUCUGCUGGAGCAUCCCCAAGAGGGCGGCGCGCAGUGGUUCACGCGGCAGGAGCUUCUUGCGCUGGUCGACGAGCUCGUCGAUUACCGACGAUGCCCAGAGACAGGAGGGACGCCACACGUCCAGUUCGGCACAGCUCUGAUAGAUCAUAUCACGGACAUGGAGCAUACAGAAGACACAGAGGCGGCACCCGUGGCUGCGCAGCUGUCGAAGGAGGAGGAAUUGCACUUCGUCAUCAGGCCAAAGCUUGUAGAGUUGCUGUGCCUGUAUGGCGCUUCGUCCAAAGCGAGAGACAUUGCCGCAACACACUACAACAAGUACUCUGAGGAGACGGAAGCGAAGAAGAAAAAAGUCACCCGCGAUGUCUGGAAUCGCGUGCUCGCUGGAGCCGCGCGCGAAAACGACGCCGCCGAAAUGGCAGAGACGACGGAACUGUUCACCAAGAGCUCGGUGCCUCUCACGGACUUUACACAGCGGCUUGUUGUGUCCAGUCUGUCUGCUCGGCGAGAGCUGGACGCGGCUAAGUUUUGGUACUCGCAGCCUGUUGUUGUGCAUAGAGACACAAAAGAAAAGACUUCCAGCGUCAACAGGGAUACUUACACUGCUCUUCUGAAAGCGUGUGCGCUUUGCGGCGACUUGACGUUCGGCCAUGAAAUCAUUGCUGGUUUGACCAAGAAAAAGGUCCCGGACAAGAAGGGAUGGGAUGCCAUCUUCCUGUGGUCAGCAGCUCUGGGGAAAGGUGUGGACGAAGUCGAUAGGAUGAUGAACGUAAUGAUACGCCGCACCGAGGAGGUACAGGCCCCGAUCUACCCGGACAUCGAUACCAUCAACCUCUUGGUCGACUUCGCCAUGUCGAAGCAGGAUCCAUACUCCGCUGAGCGCUACAUCUCCAUGGGCGAAAAACGAGGCAUCUUGCCGGACGAGCAGACCUACACCAUGCAGAUGCAGUAUCGCUUGUCAGUUAAGGACAUUGACGGCGCGAGAGCAGCAUACUACAAUCUGCAAGGCGACUUCAAGGGCUCAGAGGCCAGCGUUGCAGCUGUAAAUCAGCUCAUUCAGGUCUUGUGCGAGUCAAAACAACACCACUACGAUGACAUCAUGGCAAUCGUGGACGACUUGCAUGAGCGAAAAGCCCGUCUUGCCCCGGAAACCGUUGCAAAGCUCUGUUUACUGCACCUUCGCCGAGUCGAGAUACACGAUGCCAUGGACCUACUUCAAGUACAUGCUUACCAAUACUCGCCCGAUCAAAGAACUGUCAUCGCCGACAGCCUGCGCGACUUCAUCCUGGACAGGGAAAACAGCACAGCGGAUGCUUGGGAUGCCUACCAGAUCCUGCGGAACACUUUCCAGGAGACGCCCCGCGAGGACCGCAUUCGGCUGAUGAACGAGUUCUUUUCGCGCAAUCGUUCAGACAUGGCGUGUCACGUCUUCUUCCACAUGCGCAACCACACUGCAGAGUCUCACCAGGCCAACCGUGACGUCUACAUUGCUGCAUUUACCGGCUUUGCUCGAUGCGCCGACGCCGAGUCGCUGGAGCUGGUCAAUAACCAACUCAAGCUCGAGUUCAAGGUCGAGAGGAACACAAAACUACGCAACGCGCUGAUGCUAGCACACGCCUCGUGCGGCACCAACAAGAAAGCACUCGAGCUCUGGAGAGAAAUCUGCGAGUCCAAGGAGGGCCCUUCGUACAACAGCAUCGCCAUCGCGUUCCGUUCCUGCGAGGGCAUGCCAUGGGGCGACCAGCACGCCAAGUCGAUCUGGGCACGCCUGAGAGAGCAAGACAUCGAGAUCGACAAGAAAAUCUUCACCGCCUACCUGUCGGCUAUCGCGCGUAACGCCCUACACGACGAGGCGGUGGCGCUCGUGGAGACCGUCGAGGACGAGUUCGGCCACAAGCCGGAUUUCUACAUUCUUAGUAACUGGUAUAACACCACGACGAAUAGCGUGAGGCAGAAACUCGUCGAGGCGUGGAUCAGGGAGCGGUACCCCAAGGUGUGGGAACAGAUGGAGGCCCUGGGUCACUGGGUUACGAUGGAUGGGUUCGGGUACAAGCAGUACAACAUUGACCGCCAUCUCGAACCGUAGGAUACUUGUAUGAUCACAUGUUGUAAGAAGUAAAAGAAGAAGGCCGAACAGACGCAUAGCUGUUGUCAUUUUCUCGACGGCACAUUGUUUCUCUUUCAGCGUGGCAUUGUUCGCUGCCGCCUUUCGCCCUCCUUUACUGCGACACGAGCUAGCGCAGAGGCUUCCUUAUUUUCUCAUUUCGACAUCGUCACUUCGCUCCUCAGCUUCACACACGAUCCUGCACCCACUUGCUCCCCGUUUGCAGCUUGCAGAAAUACCCAUUCCACUGCGAGUCUCCUCUCUUUCUC